AAAAAGCUUGCUUGCACUUUUGACCGUGAAAUAAACUCAUCCCAAAGUUGUUGGGCCGUUGAGAAGCGAGACGAGCUGGCGGUUUGGUUGCCGUUCCCCUUCUCCUCCCCGUGACAAAGCAUAAAUCAGGGAAACCAGAGAAUCGUGGGCCUCGGGAAGCCUCCGAAGACGGCGCUGGCCUCGGCCCUCCGCGGAGAAGGCUGGGGCGCUUUGAGGCCGCUCUGCAACCGAAGGGGGGAAAACCAAACCAAACCAAAAAAACAUGAGUUGUGUGCCAUGGAAGGGAGACAAGGCCAAAUCCGCGUCUGUGGAGCUGCCCCAGGCGGCGCCCCCGGAGAUCUACCACGAGAAGCAGCGCCGGGAGCUGUGCGCCCUGCACGCCCUCAACAACGUCUUCCAGGACGCCGAGGCCUUCACCCGGGAAACUCUGCAGGAGAUCUUCCAGAGGCUGUCCCCCAACACCAUGGUGACCCCCCAUAAGAAGGGCGUGCUGGGCAACGGGAACUACGACGUGAACGUCAUCAUGGCAGCCCUGCAGACCAAAGGCUACGAGGCGGUGUGGUGGGACAAGCGCAGGGACGUGGGCGCCAUGGCCCUCACCAACGUCAUGGGCUUCAUCAUGAACCUGCCGUCCAGCCUGUGCUGGGGGCCGCUGAAGCUGCCCCUCAAGCGGCAGCACUGGAUCUGCGUCCGCGAGGUGGGCGGCGCCUACUACAACCUGGACUCCAAGCUCAAGACACCCGAGUGGAUUGGCGGGGAGGGCGAGCUCAGGAAAUUUCUCAAACAGCAUCUGCGGGGGAAGAACUGUGAACUGCUGCUGGUGGUGCCCGAAGACGUGGAGGCCCGUCAGAGCUGGAGGGUGGACAUGUGACAGCUGCCGCGUCCCCAGCCAGACAUCUCAGCAGGCGGACCUCCGCUCAGACAGUGCAAUAGGACGGUGGGGACUGUGGCGAGCACCGACCAGCAUGACUGUUCCCGGGAAGGAGGGGAGGCGCGGGGCAAGCUCUGGGCGACCCUGUUCUCUCUGGAGGGGAGUAGGUGAGGGGAAUCCCUGUGUCCCUUCCUGUGCCCCCGUGCGAGCACUCUGGGGGGGGGUCCCCGCGCUGACCCGCCCACGCCCCCUCUCCCAGCACUGUGGGCUCUGAAGGUUUGGUGUGCCAGCCAGUUGGCUGGCCGGCUGUGAACGGGGGGGCCUCUCAGGAAACCAGUUCCAACCCCCGAAGCGGUACAGCAUGUAAUCUCCCUCCGGCCCUGGGCGCCAGCCCCGUUUUGAAAGGUGGUCCGAGGCCAAAGUUCUGCGAUGAGAUGUUCUCAGUUUCACAUGCCAGCUGGAUGGAUCCGGCAAGAUGCUGGUGUGACAGGGUGAGCUAAAGAGGCCUAGAGAGGCCGGACAGGGUCCCCCCCGGGCAGCCCUAGGAAUGGGCUGCCCGACCCCACCCCCUGCGGCUUUGCUACAUGGAUUAAGGGGGCUCUGGUAGGGUCUGAGGUACCAGGUGGCGGCUCUGCCCUCCGCAUCUGGACAGGUGGGCGAGGGUGGGGGGUGGGAAGAUGAGCGGCUCAGGAGAGGCCGAGAGUGGGCAGGUGGGGAGCCGCAGAGCCCCCAGGGGGGCUGGUCCCCAGCACGGUCAACUCCCCGUCAUUCCUUCACAGUGACUGAGGACUGACCCUCCCCUACCUCUUGAAAUUGCUGUAGGCCACUUUCCUCCUGUUCAGCGUGGGAAAGGACCCGGGCUGCAGCCGCCUCGGCCUGUCAGCCCGGGACACCUCAGUGUCCCGCAGGCCAGGGUGGUGGCCCCUUCGGGGUGGGGGAGGGGUUGCACAGGCGUGCCAGGCCCCAGCAAGCUUCACGGGGCGAAGCCUCGGCCUCCUCCCCGCCGUGACUGGAGUGCAUGUUUACACCAGCACUUUCUCUGCACAUGGAUCUUCAAUCCCACAAGGCCGUUUUUUUACGCUAAGAGGCCACCGGGCGGCCACCGCAUUCCAGCCUCACGGCAACUGGCCACAGUCUCUUCCGCACCCUUUUUCUACAGCAGCCCUGCUUGGCACCCCAGGGAGCUCCUGGCCCUGCACACUGACAUUCCAGCCACCACCAGCCCGCCAGCCCCAGGCAGCUUGCCGGCGGCGAGCAGCGUCCGGGGGAGCAAAGCCAUCUUCUGGGAAGAGGAGCGCAAACACUUCAGGGCUGGUUUCUGUUCACGUCCAAUCUGGUGCUUAGGACAGGGACCAGUGCCGACGCCCGCUUCCUUUCCGAGAGGGGCGGGCCUGACCCUGAUGCCCAAUAAAGGCAACCCUAGGCUUUUUGUUCUCGCUUUGGUUCCUUUUUUUUUUUUCGUUGGCCUUGUGCUGGGUUUGUUUACAGAAGAUGUAUUUUGUUUAACCAAAUAUUAAAAAUGAAAACUGUACAGAAA